AUCCGAGUGUAAAAAAAUUGGUUAUUUAACACGUAGAUCUACUUCUAUAAGAAAUAAUAUUGCAAACUAAUUACAUACCUCAUAAAUCAUUAGAAGUCAGAGAAACUCCUGGAAAUGAGUUACUAAGCCCGUGAAUUGCUUAUUUUUUUGUAUUCACUUGUUGUUAUUUCUAGAAAAAUCUGGUUUUUAUAAUCGUAGCCUCUGACCUUUAUUUUUAUCAACAGCUGUGCAAAACCAGUUUGUGGCUUGUGGACUGACAAUCUUUGGACAACAUUAUUAUGGCAAAUCUUGAUAUUGCCGCUGGUAUGCUUUGUUAAAAAGACGAGAGAUUAAUUGCAGAGUUUCUAAAAUAAACAAUGCGAAGUGUUGUUAGGUUGUGUCUUGUGUGUAGCAGACAUAGAAAAGACUUGUUCACCAGCUUUCGAGCCAGGACACUGUUUUCUAAUGUGGGACGUGGCUCAAGAAAUCAAGAGGGAGAUGGUUCAGAUAAGCUGCUGAAUGUCUCAGGAAUGAGGAAGCCUUACAAAGGCAAACAAGAAGUCUUUGAUGUUGGCGACCUUGUGGCUAAGGAGCCUUUUGGACAGUUCACAGCGUGGUUUGAGGAGGCCAAGAAUACAGAUGGGAUUAUGGAAGCCAAUGCAAUGGCCAUUGCCACAGCCACCAAAGAUGGAAAACCUUCUGUUCGAAUGGUUCUCAUGAAGGGCAUUGACAAAAAGGGAAUCGUGUUCUACACAAACUAUGGAAGCAGAAAAGCCCAAGAACUUGAGGAAAAUCCAUUUGCCUCUCUACUUUUCUAUCUGUCGACUAAUUCUGAAACCUCCACCAUUAGCAGGCAGAUAAGAAUAGAAGGCAGAGUGGAGCGAGUGUCGGAGGCAGAAUCGACCCAGUACUUCCACUCCAGACCACGCACUAGCCAGAUGGGCGCAGUUGUCAGCCAACAGAGUACUCUCAUCAAGAACCGAGAGGAGCUAGAUAAAAGGAACCAAGAACUUCUCGACAAAUACGAGGGCAACGACAUUCCAAUUCCAAAACCAGAUUAUUGGGGUGGAUUUCGAGUCGUCCCAAAUCGAUUUGAAUUUUGGCAAGGCCAAACAAACAGACUCCACGACCGUAUUGUGUUCAGGAAACCAGAGGAAGGAGAAAAGGUGGAUCCGAACUUCACACACACUGGAGAAGAAGGCUGGGUGUAUGAGCGACUGAUGCCCUGAGCUGUGUGGUUGUGAUGUAUGCAGUGUGUUGCUUAAGUCUUUGUCUAAACACCAAAAAGUAUUUCAAAAUCUUAUAUAUAGACAGCAGUGAAAGGUUGUUCAUUACUUACAAAAGUAUCAGAGGUAUGCUGCGAAAUUGUUUCCCCUUUGUACAGCUAUUUAUUUUUGGUUCCUUUUUCAGCAUUAUCAUUGUCAACAUAGCACCAAGUAGGCCAAAAUGUUAAGUGCAAAAAAAACCCUUUUUUUUUUAGCAAAUGCAACAAGAUCUUGAUUUUUUCUUACAGUUUUUUUCAUACUCAUGAGGUUCUUUGUUCAAACACUUGCAUUUGCACCAAAUCCUUUUUGUGGAGACCUUUUUGGCUGUUUGAUUAGCUGUUGACAACAACACAAUCAAUUAGUUAAGCUCAGAAAAAUAUGCUUUAAUUCAAAGGAACAGAAACGAAAAAAUGGGCUCACUUUUGCAUCAUAUUUUAUAAAUCACCAAGUUACAUUGUGCCAUCAUACUGUGUAAGUGGGACACCCUGCCUCUGGUGGCUCGAGAGGAGAGGUUGAAUUUGUUGUCGUUUCAUGUAGAUUACUCAAGGCCUUUACUUCUUACCACUCAAAUUAUACCCUGUGUGUGUGCACAUGCAUGCUUGCUUGAGUGAGUGUGUGUGUGUGUGUAUUUGUGUAUACAAUGGUGCUCGAGGCUUCUUACUCUAUGUCCCCGAAAAACUGAAGCCAAGUGUGUGUUUUGCUAUGAGAGUGUUCGCCAUGUGCUGAGGGUCGUCAUUGGUAGUGGUGAGUGGAGAAAUGAGUGUAGACAAAGAUCUCAAGAUAUGUGUCAAGUGGAAUCUCCAAAAAACAUAUGAAAAUUACAGGGGCGGCAUCAUAAUGAAAUAUAAAUCACUGAUUUCAAAUCCACAACUUAGUUGAGAAAAAUAGUUAGAGCUGGUCAAUCAUUGUAAAAAGAUACUAUACUAUAGUCUACACAAAUCUGGAAGUCUUUUGUUGAGUUAGCUGCGUUUUGGAGAAAUUGUGUAUCAUUGUAAUUACUUAUUUAUGUCUAACCAUUCUUUUCUGGACUUUAGGAUGCGUUAGCAACUCAGUUGUUGUUUUUUCCCUCUCAUCAACAAUUGUAACGAAGUUGACCGAAGUUUAAACGGUUGUAUUGAUAAUUUAGAGUAUAUGUGUUGUUUUUGGGUACCAUAUUCCAAGAUAUCGCACUUUCUGGUGAAGAUGUAAACGAUUGCACACUUUUAUGCCUUUUUCCAAGGUUCUUACUGCCACUGAACCUGCACACUUGUGGUAACUUUUCUUCCAUUUUUGCACAGAUUGAUAAAUGAGUCUGUUUUCAGCAAUGCAUCUUUUUAUUUUACUUUGUACAUCUUUAUACAGAAUGUAUGAUGAAAUGUUCUGUUUGUGAAGGAGAUUUGUAUUGUUUUUCCCUUCCACACGGCUGACUUGUUGAACCACUUAAGACAGUAGCUAUUUUUAUCAUGAUCUUAAAAGAAAUCCACUUUUUUAUUCUUUAUUUUUCAUGGCACUAGAUCGAACAGGACUUAUGAAGGUGGAGUGAAUCUUUUUGUGUAUUGUAUCUGUUAUGAAAUUUUGCAUUGUGGUUCAUUUUGUGUGCUCAUCUAUAAUUAUAUAAUCCUGGUGGCCUGAUCUUUUUGUCCCUUUUUAGAGUAAGCCUCAAAUUUUCUCACCUUAGAUUUAAAUGAAUGAAGAAUUUGAGAUUCCUAAAAGUAUGAUAAUGGAGCCAGGUUUUCAUGAUUUUGAUGUUAAGAAUUUAUAGUUAUACAUUCCGAUUGCAAUCUUGUUAUAAAAUACUCCUGACUUGAGCGGUUGGUUUUCUACUCCACUUCUUAAAAUUAAGUUUAGUUUUGGUUCUAAGUUGCACAGGUAAAAGCAAAUAGGAGUCCCCAAAGCCUUGGCAUUGUUAUAAAUUUUUUAACAACACGCUUUUCACUCUAUAUGUCCAAUCUAUAUCAAGUGUUGAGACUUUAAGUACAACUAUUUUAUGUAUUCUCAAGUUAUCCAGCCUCUUGCGGUUUCAAAAGCUUAUUUUUGGGGGCAUAUACACUACACUUUUUAGAGGAAUGAUCAGAAGUAUGAAAACUGUCGUGUGUGUGGGUUGGGUUGUUGUUGAUUGGUGGAGGGGCAGUUCUUUGUAUAUAAAGAAUAUAAUUCUUUGAUCAUUACACAUUUCAUAUGUCACAUACCGCAACCAUGAGUCGAAAGGUUGUCUUUCUUGAGUAACUAAAGUCAUAUUUAGAGUUUAAAAGAAUCAAUUUUAUAUACCACAAUAUGAGUUUUGUAGUUCUUGUCACAUGAAACUAGGACUUUAAUCUCAUAUUUCAUGAUUAUGUUUUGUCAUCUCCACAGAUUUACAAAAGUUGUGGUUUUGAUAGUAAGGUAGAGAAAAUCAGGUUGUCUAACCUUGUGACUUUGACGGUGAUGUGUCUGUGUUUGUGUAUUUGAGUUAAGUGUGGGUAUGAUGUUAUGUUCACAUUAUAUAUAUAUACGUGGAUACCUGGAGGUGUCAUCUCUGCCUCAGAGGUUGACGUGUAUUGACCCUCCAUCUUUCCUGGUCGCGAGCUGCUGUUGCACAUUCUGCCAUAUCCACGCCAGUCCAUGUUCUUAUGUAUUAUAUAUAUAUGUUAUGUUACAAUUUAAGCAGAUGAGAGCACAGCAUCAAUUUCUUCCAAUGGAAGAUCUAUGAAACAUAUUCUGCCUCAUCUACACAAGGGAAAGAAAACUUCACAUUCACUUUAAACAGAGUAUAAUUGAAUGUUAUCCGCACACUUCAUGUGGAUUUCCUCUUUAUUAUUAUUUUUUAAAUGUAGGUAACAACUGCACUGUUUCAGUUAGGUCACUUUUAUCCCGAAUUUUUAGACCAAUUGCUUUGGGAGAUUUUUUUGGCUUAUCUUUUAAUUUGUGCUGGGUUUAAUUAAAGUUAAAGAAAUGUUUAUUAUAGGCUAAUAGUUAAAGUUAAGGUGAAUGCAUUGUUUCUGUAAAAAAAGGUAUCGUUCUGUUGUUGAUGUCAGGAGUACAUUUACUGUUUGGUAACAAAAUGUUUUGCUGUUGUUUGUAGAGAAGAAACUGGUACGAGUUUUUUGUGAUAAAUAAAAGCACAUUGGUGACCUUACUUAGAAGUUUAAAAA